AUGGCGAAACCCACAUGGAAACAUGAGCACAUGGCAACGUUUUGGCAAAACAUGGCGGAAGCUAGAGAGGCCAACGAUUACACGUGGCGUAACAUGGAGGAUUUUUCACGGAGAGUUAAAGGAGAACAUGCUCCUGCGUACAGCCUCGACCCCGAGCCUGAGAUCCCGGGGAACCGACCUGUCUCUUUGACGCUCUCUCCGGCCCUUCCCGCCAAGAAAAUCCUGAGGACAUCAUCCGCAGAAGCAGAUUCAUUCAAGGGGCUGCCUUUGAAGCCGAGGAAGGGCCUUUCCACGGCUGAGGCAGAUGGGCAUUUUUUUGUUCUGGCAGAGGAGGCGGAACCGGGUGCCAAUGCCGAGAAGGCCCUGUUUCUGUUGAGCUGCUCAGUUGGGGCGGUGGAGGAGAGGCCAGAGUUGCUGGUGGGAGGCGGGGAGGGGAACGGCGGUGGAGGUGGUGGUGCGUGCGGAGGAGGUGGCGGAGGAGGUGGUGGGGAAUGGGGAGGGCAGGGGAGUGAGAGUUUGGAUGAGCAUUAUCAGUCUCUCAUAAAAUCAUAUCCUGGGGAUGCCCUGCUUCUUGGCAACUAUGCUCGGUUCUUGAAAGAUGUGAGAGGAGAUGCAGAGAAAGCGGAAGAAUACUGUGCAAGGGCGAUUCUUGCAAAGCAAAGCAACGAACCUGCAGACGGGAAUGUUCUUUCUCUUUACGGGGACUUAAUUUGGAAAAAACAUAAGGAUGCUCCUCGAGCUCGUGGCUUCUUUGAUCAAGCCCUGCAAUCUUCGCCGGAUGACUGCUAUGUUCUUGCUUCGUAUGCCCGAUUCCUGUGGGACUCCAGAGAAGAUGAUGAUGAUGAAGAAGAGGAUGAUGAGAAGAAGCUGCAUAUUGAUAAACAAGGAACUAACAAGAACGACACACGCAAAUUUCUUUCUACAACUGAUAAUCAAAAUGUAGCAGCUGCUUAUUGGACUUUUAGCUUCCAUUUCUCUAAUUCUCGGUCCCGUUUGUACAGAGAUCCCUAUGUAAUCUACGCGCCUAUUCUGUACGAAGAUGAUCGAAUGAGCAGUAAUCUAACUUUGUAUGCGUAAAGCUACGGAAAUUAUCACGUUCAGAGCUGUUCCUUUCAUGUGCCAAUAGACAAGGAGGAGAAGAACUAAACAGGUUCAGUAGAACAUGAUAUGCUACAAUCAUGAAGGGAUUAUCAACGACUUUGGCUCAUACUGGACAAAGACAAAAUGGCCAAGCUUUUGGCAUUUUCUGCUGAGACGAUAAUGUCAAAUAUCUCUACCAGUAUGAAUGUAUGUACGUCUCUUUGACAUUUUCUGCACAAGAACAUUCUGUCCAUGCCCUUAUAAUCCACAUUCCUAUGUUCGUUUCCCUAAUCCCUGCAUAUCGAACCCGAUAAGCUAA